CGAUGAUUUCGCUAUUUUCAAGAGGAGUCUUGACACUGUUCAUCACCUCUGCGCUCACGGUCGCUCAGGUGAUUGUUCCUGGUGCGACUUGGACCGAUACGAGUGGGAAUGUUAUUCAGGCUCAUGGUGGUGGGAUUCUCAAAGUCGGGAGCACUUACUAUUGGUUCGGAGAGGACAAGUCGGCCAACAGUGCACUGUUCAAAGCCGUAUCGUGCUACUCGUCGACGGAUUUGGUGAGCUGGGCACGCCAGAAUGAUGCACUCACGCCGAUCAAUGGCACCAUGAUCUCGGCGUCCGAUAUCGUAGAGAGGCCCAAAGUCUUGUACAAUGCCAAGAACUCCGAAUACGUGAUGUGGUUCCAUUCAGACACAAGCAACUAUGGUGCGGCUAUGGUCGGAGUUGCUACAGCCAACUCACCGUGUGGUCCUUACACCUACAAGUCAAGCUGGCAACCUCUUGGCAAAGAAUCGCGUGACAUGGGCUUAUUUCAAGACGAUGACACUGCGCAGACAUCAUAUCUUCUCUAUGCGUCCGACAAUAAUCAGAACUUCAAGAUAACCCAAUUGGAUGCUGAUUAUUACAAUGUGACGACACAAGUAAACGUCCUCACAGGUGCUACUCUGGAAGCUCCCGGUAUUGUGAAAAGGGACGGUGUCUACUACCUCUUUGCCUCCCACACAAGCGGCUGGGAUCCCAAUCCUAAUAAAUUCUUCUCUUCGCCGUCUCUAUCUGGCAAUUGGUCUUCCCAGGCGGAUAUUGCACCUUCGAACACGCGCACCUGGUUUUCUCAGAACAACUAUGAUCUGCCCCUUGGAUCUAAUGCGAUUUACAUGGGCGACCGGUGGCGUCCCAGCCUACUCGGUAGCAGCCGGUACAUAUGGUACCCGCUCGAUUGGUCGAGUGGUAGCCCACAGAUCGUACAUGCCGAUGUCUGGAAAGUCAACCUCGGUGCUGGCACUUAUUCUACUGUCAACGGGACCAGCUACGAGGCUGAGAACGGUACACUGGGUGGGGCCGCAGUGUUGUUCUCGGAUCCUUCGUUCUCCGGGGGUGGGGCUGUCGGGUACCUUGGGAACGGUGGGACUGUGACGCUCAAUAAUGUCCAAGGCACUGGAGCGGCUCAAUGGGUGGCUCUGUAUUACGCUAACGGUGAUUCUUCUUGGAGAAACACGACGGUCAGUGUGAACAGCGGAUCGAGCGUCGUUGUUGACCAGCCUAACACCGGCGGCACUCACGUCAUCAUCAGUGUUCCCGUGAAGUUGACCUUGCGGCCCGGCAGUAACUCGAUCACAUUCGGCUCUGCUGGCACCAACUAUGCUGCUGAUCUUGACAGGAUCGUCGUGUACCCUAACUAGACUCCAAACAGCCCCCGUAGCAUGUAUGGUGUUGCGAUACUCGUGUUCAAUUUUCAAGAUGACAUUCGUAGUACGAUUC